AUGCUGCUAAUUGCCUCGCGCGCCCCGUGUCGCUUUCCACACUCGUCCGGCUCGGCUCGCACCGCGCAGGCGCCGCCUCAGCCCUCUGGAGACAUUCACAAGCCCGUCUCUUUAAUUGCGAUCGGCGCCUCACAACCAAUGUUUCUUGCGAAAUACUGCCACGUGGGCGUGCAAGUGCGAGUGCUCCGGGGCGAGCGGGAGGCCGGUCGCAGCUUGCAGGCCGGAGGUGCGAAGAGAGGCCGGCGCGGCGCGGCGCGGCGCGAGGGCGCUCUGGCUCUGGGGCCCUUCCGGCGCGGCCACGCCGCCGCUCAAUCGCCGCUGAUUGAUAUGACAUUCGCCGCCGCCCCGCCCCGCCCCCUCCCGCGCUGGGCGCGCUGCCAGCGUUCCACUGCCCCUGCCCUGCCGCGCCCUGCGCCCUCCGACGCGCGAUGCGCCGGGCAGGUGCCCGGCCGUUCGCCGUCGCCCGCCCGGCCGCGCGCCCCGGGGCGGGGGCGGCCCGGCGGCGGGGCGGAGGGGCGGUGCAGCGUCCUACCGCAUGUGCGGCGGCGCUGCGCCAGGCCCGCGGCGGCGGGCGCUGCGCAGCUGCGGGCGCGCGAGCCGGAGUCGGCGUCGGAGGCGGCGAAUUGGCCGCAAUUGGCGCGCGCGGCGCCGUUCGCUGCCGUGGUCGGUGCGGCGAGGCGAGGCGGCGUUGGCGGUCGCGGCUUCCUAAUCAGCGGCGGCGGAGGCGCCCACGCGCCCUGCCGCGGGCCGCCGCACCGCCUUAUCGCGCGCUAUCUGCCGCCGUUAUCUGCGCGGUCACCUGGCGCAGUCACGCGCGCUGGACGGCGGGCGAGCAGCACGCUGGAGGCGAGCAGCGCGCGCGACUACCCCGAGCACCUCAACCCGUUCGCGACGACGCCGACGUCGCCAUCGACGCAUGACGACGACGACGUGCAGCUGCGCGGCUACGGCACCCUGGGCCGCCUGCGCCGCCGCGCCUCCUUCGCCAGCACCUGGUGAGCCCCGCCCCCCCAUCGUUAAAGAGCGCGUAGGCGGGGGGGUGUCGCGUGGCGGAAGGUAACACCUCCAACUCUUAGGGACGCCUCCUCUGGCCCACCCGCGAGAGGCCCUCGCACCCGC